AUGGUUUGCAAUUUUCCAAUUUUAUCUAUUUGUAGAUUCAAUGGGUAUUGCUUGUUAGCCGUCAGGGAAAGAUCCGUCUGCAGCAGUUUUAUAAUGGGGCAUCUCCUAGAGAAAUCCAAAGUACAACCCGUAACGCCAUUAACCAGGUACUGUCAAGACCCGCUCGCUACUGUAACUACAUUGAACAGAAGGACUCAAAGAUCGUUUUUAAGAGGCACGGCUCGACUGUUUCGGUUAAACUGUAGAUUUGCUUCUUUAUAUUUCAUCAUCUCGAUCGACAAGGACGAAAACGAGCUUAUGGCUCUGGAAUUCAUUCAACACUUCGUCGAAGUCCUGGAUCAGUAUUAUGGCAAUGUGUGCGAGUUGGAUAUUAUUUUCCACUAUGACAAGGCUUAUCACGUUCUGAACGAGCUCUGCAUCGGUGGCAGAGUGAUGGAGACGAAUAAGCGCGAGAUUCUGCGUGUGUGUACUGCUCAAGAUAAGAUGGAAACCGAAGCCAAGGCAGCGAACAAGACUGGCUUUCCUGGACUGAGCAGUCUUGGUCUGUAGUAUUUGUUGGUGUAUUGACUAGUUUC